ACAGUCGAUUUCAAGCGACCGUGGGUGUCGGACCGACCGCGCGUCGCACGUCCUAACAAAGUUCUCGCGAACAUAACAUCAUACGAAAAUUUCAAAUGUAUUCUCUUUUCAAAUAACUGUCAUUGAGUGUGUAUUUUUUUUAAUUGACGUUUCAGUGUUAAUCGGUGACUAAAAACUUUUUUCAAUUAAGACUGGUUUGUUUUUCUUUUAGUGUUUAAAAAGUUUUUCUUUUUUUUUGUGUGUUCUAAAUUUUAACGUUUUCUGACUUUGCCGCGUAAUUAUGAGUGUCAGUUACAAAUAAUUGUUUUAAAAAAGUUAAUUUUAAAUUAAUUGAGUGUUUUUAAAUAAUAAUUAUGAAAAUGGUGACUGUGUGAGUGUGAGUGUUAAAAAACUUUUACAUCAAGAAAUUUUAAAGUAAUACAACGGUGGAUUUAUUAUAAUAAAUCAUUCUGAUUGGCUGAAAUAAAUAAUAUGCACAAUGGAAGACUACAACGUGACCUACGAAUCAUUGGACGACAUGUUGAAUCAGUCGGAAAGUUACUACCAACCUUACUAUGAGAGGCCGGAGACGUACAUAGUACCGUUAAUAUUCGCACUCAUAUUCGUCAUAGGGGUGGUCGGCAAUGGGACUCUAGUAGCCGUAUUCGUCCGACAUAAAGCGAUGAGGAAUGUUCCUAAUACGUACAUCCUCUCACUAGCCUUGGCAGAUCUUCUGGUAAUCAUCACGUGUGUGCCCUUCACCUCAAUAGUGUACACUGUGGAGUCAUGGCCUUGGGGGGCGACAGUCUGCCGCGUGUCAGAAGCUGCGAAAGAUGUCAGCAUUGGAGUGUCAGUGUUCACCCUGACAGCUUUGUCAGCUGACAGAUAUUUCGCCAUCGUUGAUCCGUUGAGGAAACUGCAUGCUACAGGAGGCAGCAAGCGAGCCACUCGACUGACGGUAGCCACAGCUAUCGGCAUAUGGUUACUUGCAGCCCUGCUAGCCACCCCAGCGUAUGUCGGCUCGUACGUGCGCGCGUUUGUCGUCAACCCCACUACACAAUUUUUAGUAUGCUAUCCAUACCCAAUGGAGUGGGGUGAGGGGUAUCCACGAGGGAUCGUCCUGAUGCGGUUCUUGGUGUACUACUCCCUGCCGCUGGCCGUCAUAGCCCUGUUCUACAUCCUGAUGGCGAGACACCUGGUCCUGAGCACCCAGAACGUGCCUGGAGAAAUGCAGGGGACCCAGAGGCAGAUGCGGGCACGAAGGAAGGUUGCAGUCACAGUGUUAGCCUUCGUCUUAGUCUUCGCUGCGUGCUUCUUACCUUCACAUGUGUUCAUGAUGUGGUUUUAUUACUGCCCAACGGCGCAGGAAGACUAUAAUGGUUGGUGGCAUGCACUGAGGAUCAUCGGCUUCUGUCUAUCUUUCCUCAACAGUUGCGUGAAUCCAAUAGCCUUGUACUGCACCAGCGGAAUCUUUAGGAAACAUUUUAACAGGUAUCUUCUAUGCCGAAGCAGUUCGACGCACGGUCCAAGAGGUUCUUUGUCUCUGUCGACAUCAAGAAGACUGCACUCUAGCAGAAAAACCAACAUCAGCAUGGUGCCAAGAACAACAAGCGUUGGCCGUGAGAGCAGCAUCAGGCUCCUGAACAAUGGCUCCUCAAAACUCUGAGGAAGGGGUCGUGGCCUAAGGUCCACGGCGAAUAACAACCAAGAGAGGUCCAAAGAGAACUAUAGCAAAUCAUUUGUCUAUAAAACGGACGGUUUGGCACCAUUCCCAAAGUGUUGUGAAAACGAAAAUGGUGUAAAACUUCUAGAAACUAAUUUUGAUGGCAAAGAUGUUAGUAGCACUGAGAGCUUCUUCUUGCCUGUUGAUAAUUUUCGUUCGUGUUAGUCUGAAUUAAGUCUUAAGACACUAUUAUGUAGUUCAAUAUUGAAUACCUAAUCCUAUGUGAAUUUAAUUCUGUGUCCUUGAAAUACUACAUGUGAUGGAUGAUGGUUCGUAGAACUAUUGAAUGUGAUUUUUUACAUGUAUCGUUGGCUUGCUUUAAUGUAAAAAAUAAACUCGAAAAUAAUAACUGAUAAAUUUCAAGUAACGUUCAGAUAUACUAUUUUGAAUUGGAGUUUGCAAAAAGCAAGGAUAAGUCAUCCUUAUCCUUGCUUUUUAAUUUUAUCCAUAUUUAUAAGUGUCAUAUCGAAUGAAGGGACUUACAUUAUUAUAUUCUGCUAGCCUUUUUUGUAAUUGUCAAUUCUAAACAUUCUAAGUAAGCUCAAUCGCAUUCUCGCCCGUCAAUGGUCGAGAUUAUCACCCACAUCCAAAAACAUGGCGGACCUAUUACCCCUCCAAUCUUCCCAAUCCCCGAUUCCCCAACAACCCUUAAAUUCCUUACCCCCCAAAGGCCGGCAAGGCACUUGUGACACGUCUAGAGUUUCAAGUGUCCUUGGGCGACGGCGAUUGCUUACCAUCAGAUGAACCGUCUGCUCGUUUACCGGCUUAUUCCAUAAAAUAAUACCGCGAGCGAGCUCACUCCGAAUGUUUCGAAUUGACAAUAAUACAGAAUAGCCUAGCUGAACCAAAUAAAUUUUGGAACCAAUGUACAUACCUACGUAUGUAGCUUACUUACCUACAGACGAAAAUAAUAAAACGACUGCCUCGUUUGUCGAGUGGUCGCAAGUGUGACUGCCGGACAAGGGGUCUCGGGUUCGAUUCCCGGGUCAGACAAUGUAUUACUGAGCUUUUUUCGGCUUUUCGAAAAUUUCUCAGUAGUAGCUCGGAGUCUGGAAUAUACCCGGUGUAUGGCAUUAGGUUCAUCCCCUAUUACAUGGGACUUAAAAUACAAAUGGUGAAAAGUGGAUGUACAUUGUAUAGCCGCAUUACGUGUCGUUAUGUGCGCCUCUGCCUACUCCUUCGGGGAUAAAAGCCGUGACGUUGCAUACACGUUGCAUACGAAAAUAAUACACGAUAGCACCGUUCUUUUAUUUCACGUACAUAUUAAGUUCCUAGUGUUGUUUUACUUUUAAGUCUGGCUCCCGUAUUAUUAACUUAACAGAAACACCCAAUUCGAUAGCACUAUAGAACAAUAAUGUCACAUAAAUAUUUAUUUUGGCAAAUAGAAUAGAAUUCAUGGUUAUUAUUUAUUUACAAAAGCUUAAUCACGGCACGUAUUUUUAUAAAUUACUAGCAAACCCUGCGAACUCCGUUUCGCCACCAAUGAUUUUCCUGUUUUCCUGCUUUUCUCUUGAAUUUUUCCUGAACUUUCUUUGCUAUAAACCUCACGGAGCCCGAGACCUUUCCAACGAAUGCAAAACCGUGGAAAUCGGUUCGUGCGUUCUGGAGUUAUAGCGUCAGGAAGGAAAACCCGACUUAUUUUUAUAUUAUAGAUUACUAGUGCCUAACAAAAAUGUAAUAGCAACAAGUAAUUCUGCGAGUUGCUUUUGUUAUUUGGGGAGAAAAGGCGUGACGUUACAUACAAAAUAUGUAUUUGCAUAUGUAACUAUUUCAGUUUCCGACAUUUCGAAAAGAGAAAAAAUUGGUUUUUAUCAACAUCUCCUAAUUUCAAGGAACCAUUUAGCUAAAAUAGGUGACAUUUAAUGACAUUUUAGUUUUAACCAACAUAAGGGUGACCUAACAGUACCUAAAGCUGUCAUCGUCGUAUGCUGGAGCAAAGAUAUGUGCGAGACACGUGUUUUCUAUUGUCUCAUAUAUUAUAAAGUCAAAGUCAAAGCAUUUAUUUCAAUUAAUCCUAAAUUAGCACUUUUGAAUUGUCCGUCAGUUUGUUCGUCAGUGAAGCUAGGCGCUCGUUCCAAAGUGUUGUUUCGAAUGGAGAAGAACGAGCAAGAAACUCCAUCGUUACUCUUAUAUUAUAUCCGCAGACGAAAGGUUAAGGGAUGAUUUAAGAGGGCUUGGUGAUAAUGAUCAUAAGUAGUCCAAUGAUAAAUAAAAAAAGCCAUGUCCAUCAUCUUUUUUUUAUAUUUUACUAAAAACUGUCAUUACAUUACAUAUCCGAACAUUGUAAAUAGGUUGAAAAUUAAUAUUUAUUUAGAUUUAACAACAACACCUUAAACGUAAUAGUGGCUAAUGUUUUUUUUUUGCUCACCAGAUUGUGCAAAUGUAAAAAAAGGUUUUUGGCCAAUCACUGCAGUUGUCAAAUAAUGAAUGACCAAUGGUGUGACACUAGCUAAUAGGGAUGAUGACGGGGAAUGAAAAUUCAAUAUUAAUUUUAUCCGUCAAUUAGGUAAUGAAAAAAUAUUAGACACGUAUUUUUAUUUUGUCAUAUAAGAUAACAAUCCUUAGAUAAAACGAAUCAAAGUUUAGGAGUGGGAGCGAAUACGUCAUUUCUACGUAUAAAACGUACCUAGAAUUGACGUCACGUGAUAUUUAAAAUUAAAAUCAAUAUAAUAUCUUCGAAAGAAUUUGUUUGCGUAAGAAAAUAAAAAAUACGUGUCUAAUAUUUUAAAAUAAUCUACAAGACGGGUAUUAAAAUAAAAAUUUGUCAUCUACGCUAUAGUCAUAUUCCCUAUUGGACAAAAAGACGAGAGGUUCAUAGGUACUAGCUCAUCUGGUGAGGAAAAAAACAAUAGACCCUACUAUUUACUAAAAUUAAAAUGUUAGCGAUAAGGGAGUUGUAUACUAUGUAAUUAUUGUAAAUAUAUAUAAUUAUGUUUAAACAUAAAACUUAUGUAUUAAUUGGAUUCAAAUCCUUCUUGUGUUAGAACGUUCUUAGUUUUUAUUAAAUUUAGUUAAUUUUAACACGUUCUUUUAAUAAUGUAUUUUUCUAUUGUUUAGGGUCGGUUCAUAUCUGACGUAAAAUACGUCGAGUCGUCGGUACUAACGUAUCAUCGGUUGAGUUUGAACGGUCAAGUGUUUUUCUAUACAUUUGUCUGUUCUGGCGAUAUGAACUAAGGCGUUUAUCCACCGCCGCCGUCACCGGACUGCCACCAAGAACGAGAUUAUUUCGGGCCGAGUUUAAUAUGACGUAACGGCGAUCGUUUGUCCACCACGAUCGAUUAGUAACAAAAUAAUAACUGAACUCGUGUACGGUGCUACGGCGACGGCGACGGCAGUGUAUGGACAAGUUUGUGGCGACACCUGACUAGUGACAGAUGACAGAAGUCGCACAUAGACUAUCGACGAGCAAAUCAACGGAUGACGUCAUAAACAUCCUGCAUCGCACAUGUAAAGUUUACAUGCGAAUUAACACGGAUAGAAAAUCUCAACGAACAACAGUUGGGCAGAAAGCCCGCCAGGCUGAACACCUCGCCUGGUCGGAGGAUCCUCCUUUUCUUAGGGAACUUUACUCUCUGUUCCAUAAAAGUUCAUACGUGUUUUGUAUUGCCGGUACAUCGGCCCGUCAAAACGGGACACGCGACUAAGGGAUGCAAUGUAAAUGUAUGUAGGUACCGCUACUUCGGCCACUUCAGCGCCGUCAUCUCGUCCUCGGUGACGGCAGCGGUGGACAAACGCCCUUGGAGUUUUCAUAAACCAGUCAAAGACUGGAGAAAUAUUAGUAUUGUUCGUCUAGUCAUUACUUGCCUCUUUUAUACUAAUGAGUGUACAUAACCUACCUAUGUAAUGAAUAUGUUUAACGAAACAAGAAUAUAAAAUUAUAGUUUUUAAUAAAUUUGCUGUGU